UGGCUUUUCCUCUGCAUUUUCCUUCUUCACGCCUCUGCAGUGACCAAAAAUCUCUGUUAAUCGCUUCACAAAUCGACCGUAAAAAUGGCUUCUGAGUGAAACUGGAGACUAGAAUCUUUACUUCAUCUGUUUUUCUUUGUUUUUUUUUGCUCAGUACAACUCAAAAACUUGCAAGAAGUUUAAGGGAUUCCUGUUUUGAAGAUUCGGAUUUUGUGAUUUCAGGCUGAAGAUGUCUCAUAGAAGAUCAGGGAAAAGUGGGAGCACUGAUUCAGAGUUUGAAGAGCUGAAGUAUAAAUACUACAGAGAUUUAAGAGAUGAAAAGGUCAAAAUUAGACGUUCUGGGAAGUAUUUCAAAUGUCCAUACUGUCAGGAUUCAAGUAAAGAGUAUGAUUCACAAGAGCUUCUACGGCAUUCUUCCCGCAUUGGUAGAGAUUCAAGGAGUGCUAGUUUUAGAGACAAGGCUAGACAUUUGGGAUUGUUCAAGUACUUGGAUAGGUACAUAGAUGCAGACAAGAACACAUCUGAAUCAAGUCAGAGGAGAUGUUCUGAGCUAUCAGGGAAAGGUUCUCAAUAUGCCAAGAGUAAUCCAGUAGAGCCAUCUCAGAUCACUGAGAAGUCUGAAGGUGGAGGAAAUUUUUAUCCGUCUGCUGCUAGGACCAUUGAGGCAGUGGAUAGACCUGUUGACGGUGCUGAAGAGCCCCUGAGAAGGGAAAAACUAAAUACGGAGAACAGAGUGGUAUCCGAAUCUCAGAUCACUGAGAAGUCUGAAGGUGGAGGAAAUUUUUAUCCAUCUGCUGCUAGGUCCAUUGAAGCAGUGGAUAGACCUGUUGAUGGUGCUGAAGAGCCCCUGAGAAGGGAAAAACUAAAUGCGGAGAACAGAGUGGUAUCCGAACCUCCUCCCAGAAGUACUAAAGAUGGUCUGCAACCCCAACCUCUCCUAGCAUCUAGUAAGCCAGGUAUCAGCAAGGCCAAGGAUGAUCUAAUAGUUUUUCCUUGGAUGGGGAUAGUAGCCAAUAUUCCUGUUGAAUAUAAGGGAGGGAGGUAUGUAGGUAAAAGUGGAACAAAUCUAAAAAAGCUGUGGAUUGAGAAAGGGUUUAAUCCACUGAAGGUUCAUCCUUUGUGGAACUACAAGGGUCAUACCGGAUAUGCCAUAGUUGAAUUUAAAGGGGAUUGGUCGGGAUUCAUGAAUGCUAUAGCAUUCGAAAAAACAUUUGAAUUAGAUAAACAUGGGAAGAGAGAUUGGAAUUCAGUAAGACGUCCAGAUAGUAAAUUGUAUGGUUGGAUUGCACGUGAUGAAGACUACAACGCUGGGUCUUUCAUUGGUACUCAUCUCCGUAAAAAUGGAGAUCUUAAGUCAGUUUCUGGAAUACAAGAAGAGAACAGGAGGAAAGAUUCAAGGCUACUAUGCACCUUGACCAACGAGUUAGAGAUGAAGAACAAGGAAUGUGAAGAGAUGAAGAAGAAAAUAAGCAGAGCAGAAGUUUUUAUGGAUAAUGUGAUGAGUCAAAAGGAGGAGAUGACCCAAAACUACAAUGACGAGAUGGAGAUGAUGCGGGAUAAAGCAUUCAAUCAGCUCCAUGAUUUCAUACGUGAGCAUGAGAAAAGCAAAAUGCAACUUGAAGCUCAAAAACAACAAUUGAUGCAACAAGAACUAGAAUUGAGAAAACGUGAAGCACUGAAUGAGAGUGAGAAAAGAAAGCUUCACCUCCAGAAAGAGAUGAAUGAAAGGGCAAUUUUGGAGCAGAGAAAUGCAGAUGAGAAAAUGCUGCAAUUGGCUGAAGAUCAUAAGAGAGUAAAGGAACAACUUCAUAAAAGAAUAAUUGAACUGGAAGCGAACCUUGAUCAGAAGCAAGCACUACAGUUGCAGAUUGAGCGCUUGAGAGGUUCAAUGGAAGUGAUGCGACUCAUGAAUGAGGAAGGAGACCUCGAAUCUAAGAAGAAACUGCAGACAAUUCAAGAAGAAAUCAAGGAGAGUGAAGAAGAACUUGAUAGCUUGGAAACACUGAAUCAAACUCUAAUUAUAAAGGAAAGACUUACAAAUGAUGAGGUGCAGGAAGCCCGUAAAGAACUAAUCAAUGGUUUAAGGGAGAGCCGUGCUUUUAUCUGUGUCAAGAGAAUGGGUGAACUUGAUGAGAAGCCAUUCCAUGCUGCUGCCAAAAAUAAAUUUAAUCCUGGAGAAGCAGCAGAGAAAGCAGUGGAGAUAUGUUCGUUGUGGGAGGAUUACUUGAGGGAUCCAAACUGGCAUCCUUAUAAGGUUAUCCAAAAGGGUCAUACUGCUGAGGAAAUAAUUGAUGAAGAUGAUGAGAAAUUGAAGGAACUAAAGGCCGAAUAUGGUGAUCAAGUGUAUCAAUCUGUGGUAACUGCGUUAAACGAGUUGAAUGAGCAUAACCCCAGUGGCAGGUACCCAGUACCUCAGUUGUGGAAUAACAAGGAAAAAAGAACUGCGUCAUUGAAUGAAGGAGUUGCACACAUAAUGAAGCAGUGGAAGGCGCAUAAGAAGAAAUUAAGAUAAAGCAUUUGACUGAACUUUGAGGGGAACGAAGUAGGAGAGUUG